CUCUCGUUCGUAUUUUGUGAAAAAACUUCAAUGCUGACCUGGGGGUAGCAAGGCCACCAGUCAUUGAAAUAGACACUUUAACGCUAUGUCCUAUGAUGCCUGGGAGAAAAGGGGUCUGCAAGCUGCUGCCGUGACCGCCGUGACUGGACCUGGUGGUGCUUACAAAUGCAGUGCUUUUUCUGUUUGAGAUCCUUUUUGCAGGGGCUGCUCUGUCGACCAAAGUCUCAUGUCAGCCCCCUUUGGAACCACAGGCUCGGUAGGUGUGGGGUUUGAUCCCCAAGAUUCCUGAAGGCUUGGUCUGUGAUCGCUUUUGCCUUCUGAGUCUUAAAGCCCAACGGCUGUUUUGGGGAGAUCCAGUUGCACAUGCCUUGAACACAAAACAGCCAGGGCAUUGUUGUUUUCUACUGGCUCCCUUUCGCGCUUCCGUAGCUCCUUAGUAUUUACAAACUUUUCACACAGAAACAGAGUAUGCUCUAAUAUCAUUUAGGUUGGAGGCCAUCGCUCUUAGGUUGGAGGCCAUCGCUAUUAGGUUCCUUAAAGUUCUUUUCUUUUUUCUAAUAUCAUUUAGGAGUCUAAAGAUGAUGUUUGACUUUAGGCUUUCACCUCGCUCGUAUGGUUCUGACGGUGCCAGGCACCCGACCUUUGCUUUCGGGAUCGUUCAUGCGUUCCGGCUUCUGGGAAGGCUGUCACCGUCGUUGUUCCAGGCUGCGGAAGGUGUGUGCAGAGACUGGGCUGCCCGGAAGGAUCGAGGUCGACCUAGUCGACUCGGUCGACCUGCGGCAGGCGAGACUGCACCGCAGCCACACCUGCUGCAUGAUGAGCAGCACGUGUGUGUCCUGGCGAAGCCUGCGGGAUGGACAGUCUCUGUCUCACACAGCAGUGGAAGUGAGCCAGUGGUGCUGCGGCAAGCUCAGAAGGGGCCGCAGCUGCAGAAUUGGAUCAUGGAGAAGAUGGAGAACCCAAUCGCGAUGGAUGUCUCUGCUGCUCAUGGCUUACUACAUCGCUUAGAUCGGGGAACCUCUGGACUGAUCUUGUGUGCCAAGACCUACUUGGGUUUCUACUUGUCUCAGCUGGAAUUUGAGGCUAGGCGGCUCCGGAAGACUUAUCUCUGCAUUUGUGAAGGGCACGCCCCAACGCCGCCAUUUCUGUUGGAAGCGCCACUGGCCACGCGUGGAGGCAGGGCCUUUGUGUCCACCAGAGGCAAGCAUGCACAGACAGAGGUAGUUGAAGUGUCACACCUUCUGGAUGAAGUUGGACAGCCUUGCAGUCUGCUGGAGGUGCGUCUCCAUACCGGAAGGCUGCACCAAAUCCGAGCCCAUUUGAGCUCCAUUGGGCAUGCCAUCCGUGGUGACGCAAGCUACGGUGGAACGAAAGGCCCCAGAGUGCUACUCCAUGCGAGCAGGCUGCAAAUCGACCUGCGCGGUCUGGGCUCGUCCAUUGACGUCACGGCGGCCUUGCCGGAGGACUUCUCGGCAGCCUUGGAGGCUAUGGUGCCAUGCAGUCAGAAGUGUGCGAGCAUAGUCAAGCAGCAGAGCAGAGCAGACAGCAGAGCCAUGCAGAGCGGAGUGAAAGAUGGCAGCUUUACUUGCGUUACUUCGGUUACUCGUUGCUUUACUUUCAAACUUUCAGGUUGCGGUUUGUGUCGUGCACUUGCUCUGACAGCCUUUUGUUCGUAG